AUGCCAAGGAAAAAUUACUCUGACAUUGCUGUCAAUUCUACAGGUCUUAAUUUAGAUCUUAUGGCAAAUAUACCUCAGUCACAAGAUUAUCUAACGAAAAUCAGAUCGUUUAAUUUUGAAGCGGAGCCUGAGAAUAAAGAAGAUAUAACGGUUUUUUGGCUGGAUAAAAGUUUCUGUGCAGAAUGUAAACGUCCAGCUCAACGAUUACUAACAAAAAUCAAUGAUUAUGUUAAACUUUAUGAUGAUCCUAGUGUUUGUAUAAAAGACAUUAAUCAGCGACAAGAAAAACUUUUUUUAAUCAUAUCUGGUUCGUUGGCUGAAACGAUGAUAUCGGAUUUUCAUGCCAAGCCACAGAUUGACUCAAUAUUUAUAUAUUGCGCUAACCGUGAAAAAUAUAUUCAUUUACUUAAUAAUUAUAAGAAACUUGUCGAUUGUUUUGAUAUUGAACAUGACCUGGUUAAAUGCGUUCAUUUCUAUACAGAAUUAAAAUCUUACACAGGUUUUUGUUUAUUCGAUAACCAACAAUCACAAAAAAGUCUCACACGACAAUCGAUAGUGUUUCUCUGGACUGUGCUGUUACCCGUUGUACUUACAGAGGUAAAGCAAGAAGCAACUCGUCGACAAUUACUUGCUAUGUGUAAGGAAUACUAUAAUGAUAAUCCUCGUGAACUGGAUAAUAUUGAACAUUUCAAUUCUGACUAUUACGAUGAAAAAGCGGUUGUCUGGUAUUCAAAAGAUUCAUUUGUACAUAAACUAUUGAAUAAGGCACUGCGAACACACGCUUACGAGAAACUGAAUGCAUUUCGAUAUUAUAUUCAAGAUUUACGAUCACAAUUACGAAAAUCGUUUUUAUCGUUAAAAAAAAAUGAACAUUUACUCAUUGUUUAUCGAGGAUUACCAAUGUCUAGCGAUGAGAUUAAAAAAUUAAAAUCAAACGUCGGUACUCUGGUAGUUUUUAACGGAUUUUUGUCGACAAGUCGAGAUAAAGGUGUCGCUCUCGUCUAUUCUGGACAAUCUGCUAAUAAACUCUACAAUGAGAGUGUCAUUAUUGAAAUAGCUUGUGAUACGACACUUCCAUCGCCGAUUUUAGCUGAUAUAUCCGAAUCAAGCUGUUUUCCGGAUGAAUCAGAAGUUUUGUUUGAUUUGGCAAGCGUGUUUGAAAUCUCUAGUGUUGAAUAUAACAAUGCAGAAAAUUAUUGGACAGUUAAGUUGAAAAAUUCGACAAAAACGAAAGACUCUGUACGUAAUCUCAUAAAUCUGGCAAAAAAAGAAUUAGAUGAAGAUAACCCAAGUAAAUUGUUUGAUAAAUUAAUGGAUCACAUGAAAAAAUUGAAUCAAGAAAGUCAAACAUUUGCAGAACAAACGAUAGAUAAACCGUUGGAAGAUAUGAUUGUUCAUCUUGCAAUCGUGAUGCUGAAUGAUCCUUCCGGAAUCAACAUGCAACCAAAAUUAAAAAUAUUUCAAGAAAAAGUUGUAUUUUUUCAUGAUGUUGAAUCUUGUCUCGAUCAUAUUAGGCAGUCAAUGGGCGAACAGAUCAUUCUUAUUGUGUCAAGCGAUUUUGUACAAAAGAUUUUUCCAGAGCUUGAAAAGUCUACACAUGUUCAAUCGGUGUACGUUUUUUUACGUGAUAAUUAUCCUCUUGUAAACAACUUGCUUCAAAAACUAGUAGGGAUUUUUACUACAGAAAAUGAGUUAAUAUCACAACUAGCUCAUAACCUUGGUAUCUACUAUAGAAAACAAGGUAACAAAUGUAUUGAACAAAAAAAAGCAAAAUUAGCGCUGGAAUAUUUUGAUCGUGCUUGUUGUUACUACGAUAUAUUGAGUGAUAAUGCAAAUAUGAGGAUAAAAGAUUUGAAUACAAUGGCGAAAGACUAA